AUGUCAAUUAAUGAAGAAGAUUAUCUUCAACUUGAAAAAGAAAUCAAAUUAGAUGAUAUUGAUUUUUCUGAUUUAGAAUCAAAAUAUGAAGUUAAUAAUAUUGGAUUAGAUAAUUAUAUUAUAGUUGAUGGAGCUCCAAUUGCCCCUGAAUCUAAAGUACCAAUUUUAAUUAAAGUAUUACGGAAAUUAUUUUCACAAGUUGGAGAAAUUUAUGAAGGAGAUGAAGGAAUUUAUAUGCCAUUAGAAAAUGGGAAAUCUAAAGGAUAUUUAUUUAUUCAAUUUAAAUCUAAUGAACUGAUUGAAUUAGCCAUUAAAAAAUUACAUGGGAAAAAAUUGGAUCAAAAUCAUCGAUUAUUAAUUAAUAAAUUAUCUGAUAUGGAAAAAUAUCAAGUUAAUGAAAAAUUUAUUAAUGAAGAAUUUAUUGAACCAAAAAUUGAAUCAUUUCAAAGUCAUGGAUAUUUAAAAUCUUGGUUACAAGAUGAACAAGGUAGAGAUCAAAUGAUUUUACAUUUUAAUGAAACCGUUGGGAUUUAUUGGAAUAAAAAAUCAAAUGAACCUGAAUCAGUUAUUGAACCAAGAAAAGGUUUUACAUCAAAAUAUGCAAAAUUUUCUCCAAAAGGAACAUAUUUAUUUUCAAUUCAUCCUCAAGGAAUUCAAUCAUGGGGUGGAGAAAAUUUUCAUAGUAUUAAAAGAUUUUUCCAUCAACAAGUUAGAUUAAUUGAUUUUUCUCCAAAUGAAAAAUUUAUGGUAACUUUAUCACCAAUUCCAAUUAGUUUACCCGAUUCAACUAUUGAUAGAGCUCAAUUUCCAUUUGGUCCAGAAAGUGAAGGUCAUAAAUUGGUUAUUUGGAAUAUGAUUACUGGUGAACCAAUGAGAACAUUUGCUUUACCACCUCAUUUAGAAGGUCAAAAAGAAAUGCCAUGGCCAUUAGUUAAAUGGUCUUUUGAUGAUAAAUAUUGUGCUCGUCAAGGUCCUGAUGCUUUAGCCAUUUAUGAAACUGAAUCUAAUUUUCAAUUAUUAGAUAAAAAAUUAGUUAAAAUUGAUGGUAUUCAAGAUUUUGAAUGGGCUCCUGCUGGAGUUAAAUUUCAUAAUACUAAUACUAAUAAUAAUAAUAAUAAAAAAACCAAUGAUGAUGGUGAUGGUGAUGGUGAACAUGUAUUAAGUUAUUGGACUCCAGAAAGUACUAAUCAAACAGCAAGAGUAGCUUUAAUGCAAAUUCCUUCAAGAGAAAUUUUACGUACAGUUAAUUUAUUUCAAGUUAGUGAUUGUAAAAUGCAUUGGCAAUCUAAUGGGAAAUUAUUAUGUGUUAAAGUUGAUCGUCAUACUAAAUCAGGUAAAACAAUUUUUUCCAAUUUAGAAUUUUUCAAAAUUAAUGAAAAAGAUAUCCCUGUGGAAAAAUUAGAAUUAAAAGAUGUAGUAGUUAAUUUUGCUUGGGAACCAAAUACUGAAAGAUUUAUUACUAUUAGUAGAUUAGAUGAUGGUAAUCCAAAUCCUGCCAUUCCUAAAAAUACCAUUUCAUUUUAUGCACCAGAAACAACUAAAACUAAAACUGGAAAUAAAAAUACUAAUUUGAAAAAGAAAGGUGUUGGUGCUGCUUUUACAAACCAACAACAACAACAACAACAACAACAACAACUGUCUUCAAAAUAUAAGGCUUAUACCAAAAUUGAAAAUAAACAUUCAAAUACAAUUUUUUGGUCACCAAAGGGAAGAUAUGUUGUUAUUGCCACUAUUUCAAGAACUUCUGGAGAAUUGGAAUUUUUUGAUGUUUCAUUUGAUGAUGAAAUUAAUAAAAAAUCAUUACCUGCUAAUGUUAAAUUAUUGAAAACUGAUAAAUUUGCUGGAAUGACUAAUAUUUCUUGGGAUCCAUCAGGGAGAUUUGUUGCAGCAUGGUCAACUUCUUGGUUACAUGCUAUUGAUAAUGGUUAUAGACUUUAUGAAUUCACGGGUAAUUUAUUAAGAGAUGAUUCAAUUGAUCAAUUUAAAGAUUUUGUUUGGAGACCAAGACCACCAACUUUAUUAACUAAUAAUGAUAAAAAGAAAGUUAGAUCCAAUUUACGUGAAUAUAGUGCCCAAUUUGAAGAAGCUGAUGCUAUGGAAGCUGAUGCUGCUGUUAAAGAAAUCAUUUUGGCUCGUAGAAAAGCUUUAGAAGAUUGGAGAAAUUAUCGUGCUAAACAUAUUAGUAAACAAGGUAAUUCCAAAAAUGAAGUUCAAGCAGAAAUUAUUGAAGAAAUUAAAGAAGAAAUUAUUGAAGAAAAAGAAGAAAUUGUUGAAUAA